AUGAGCUGGGCCUAAUAAGCGAACGGCAGGGCUAAUCCCAAAACGGCGCCCACCUGUGGUUUAGGGUUUAAAGAAGUUGGAACCCAGCCAGAGACGAGUUACGUUCAAGAACAACAAUGGGGUUCUGGGGUAUUGAAGUCAAACCUGGCAAACCAUAUCCUUAUCAUUCAGACAACAUCCCAGGAAAGCUUCAUGUCACUCAGGCUACACUAGGCAAUGGCUCAUCGACGGAGAAAAGUAUUCUUCAGUGUGCUUCUGGACACAAAAGUCCUGUUUUCUUGUGUUCGUUGCUACCAGAAAAGAUAGAGUCAUGCUCUUUGGAUCUUGAGUUUGAUGAGGAUGACUUAGUCGCAUUCUCUGUGCUUGGUUCACGGAGCAUCCAUCUUUCUGGUUAUUUUGUGGCAGACAGCCCGGAUGAACACCUCGGGGAUGAAUAUGAAUAUGAUUCAUUGGGAGAGGAUAUUGCGGAAACUGAGUCUGAGUCAGAUGAGUCAACUGAUUAUGAUAGUGAAGAUGAUUAUGGUGAUGAUUUCAUUGAUGAUAGUGAUUUUGAAAUGUACCCAUCUUCGCCAGUCCCAAACAGUGGAGUUAUAAUUGAGGAAAUAGUAGACGAACCUGAGAAUGAGAAUGGAGAUGAUUCGAAUAAGCAAUUGAAGAAAAAGGAACAGGUGCCUCGCUUGAAAGAGAAACACAGCAAAGGUUCUCAGCUUCAAAUUGUCAAUAAGGGGGAGAAUGACCUUGUUUUGGAAAGUGAAGAUGAAGACGGCUUUCCACUUUCCAAUGCAGAGAAAGGUAAAUCUGAAUCUGAGUCUCAGAAGGCUGAAUCAGAAAUAAAAGACCAGACUAAGAGAACUAACAAGGCCAAUAAGAAGGCGAAAGAUGUUGAUCAUUCCGCGACCUUAAAACGAAAAGUCGAAAGUGUCGUUGAAGAUGAGCAGCUGCAAGAUGGGAAAAAGAAGAAGAAGAAAAAUAGUAAGUUGAAAGAACAGGGUAAAGGGGAAAAAGCUCAUGCAUCUGCAAAGAGCAAUGAGACUAACGUUAAUACACCAGUUGAAAAACAUAAUGAGGAGGCUGAAACUACACCAGAUCUGAACAACGUCUCUCAUUCAAAGGAUGGGCAUGAUGGAAAACUAUCCAAUAACGAGGUUGUUGAGAAGAAAAAAAACAAGAAAAAGAAGAAGACCCAGGAGUCUGAAGGAGUAGCCACUGGAAAUCAAGUUGCUACACCUGUUGAGAAACAGAAUUUGCUUACCACUGAGAAAAAAGGGAAGGAACAGAGUGAAGCCAAGCCAUCUCAUAUCAGAACCUUUGCAAAUGGGUUGGUUAUAGAGGAGCUAUCCAUGGGUAAACCAGAUGGCAAAAGAGCUACUCCUGGACAAAAGGUCAGUGUUAAAUACAUUGGCAAGCUGAAAAAGAAUGACAAAAUAUUUGACUCAAAUGUGGGAAAAGCACCCUUUAAAUUCCGCCUAGGUAUAGGGCAAGUCAUCAAGGGGUGGGAUGUUGGUGUCAAUGGGAUGAGGGUUGGGGACAAAAGAAGAAUCACAAUUCCACCAUCUAUGGGAUAUGCCGACAAACGCGUCGGAAGUAUACCAGCAAAUUCGUGGCUUGUAUUUGAUGUGGAGUUAGUUGGUGUUGGUCGCUGAGUUCAACUUUUACAUCAAGGCUGAGAAAAAUGUUAAACCUAGCUCACAUUAAUCAUUUACCAUUGCGGGAUUGUCAUGAUACUUUCUUAUAUUAGAGGUGAAGUUUUGUAGGAAAUUUUGGAUUGAAAUAGGCCCAUUCAUUCACAGCUUUACGAAUAUGAACUUUCAACUAUAUAGUUUAUGGUUGUUUUUCACUAUCAAUACUCCAUAGUGUUCAGCUUCUUUGAAAUGCAUUUCAAGAAGGAUUUAAAUUUGUGUUCAA